UUUAAGGAGCGCGCCCAGCGGAGUGCCCCCAUUGAAACAAGUGCGCGUCAAACAGCCACACCACGUGAACGGCACGAGCGGGACGCACCGCCUAGAGACUUUGAGACUCUCUAUAAGUUUGUUGUUGUUGUUGUUUUUUUAUUGGGAAUGGACUUCACAGCCAAGAUGGAAAUUAGCGUCAGCCAGCAGCAUUUGAUGCCGCCUGCUUGUUUCUUUUCCGCCGCGGCGGCGCAGAGCAUCCAGCUAAGCCCCAGCGGCAGCAGUCAGAGCAGCGGGAAGUCGGUGUCCAAGCAGCCCAAGAGGCAGCGGUCAUCCUCUCCAGAGCUGCUUCGGUGCAAGCGGAGACUGAACUUCGCAGGUUUCGGCUACAGUCUUCCGCAGCAGCAGCCGCACGCAGUGGCGCGGAGAAACGAAAGGGAACGCAACCGGGUCAAACUGGUCAACAACGGCUUUGCCACUCUGCGGGAACACGUCCCCAACGGCGCCGCCAACAAGAAGAUGAGCAAAGUGGAGACGCUGCGCUCAGCCGUGGAGUACAUCCGCGCCCUGCAGCAGCUACUGGACGAGCAUGACGCGGUGAGCGCGGCGUUUCAGUCCGGCGUCCUGUCGCCCACCAUGUCGCAGGGAUACUCCGCUGACAUGAACUCCAUGGCAGGUUCACCGGUGUCCUCCUACUCAUCCGACGAGGGCUCCUACGAUCCUUUGAGUCCAGAGGAGCAGGAACUGCUAGACUUCACCAACUGGUUCUGAGCAUCCAUAGAAGAUAUAUGGAUCAACUCACUUUCCUGUUGGAGUACGUGCGCCUGGGAUGGUCCCGGAGGCGGCUGGGUGUCCUCAAGAAAAAGACGCACUGUCCUUAACGCCCGGUCCUCCCCGACUGACAGAAAGACAGACACGGCCUUAACAUCCCAAAAAUGUGGGCAAAAUCCGGCCGGAGAUCAGCGCCAAAGGAUUAAAGGAAGACGGGUCUCCUGACAGCGUGGGAAUCCAAGCUUCUUUGCAUUUGCCCAUGAUAAACAAAACAUGAAAAACCCUAAAGUGAAUUCAUGCUCUUCAGCAGCACAUUAAAACAUUAUUUAACACGUUGCUCUUCAACUAUGCUAAAUCCAAUCACAGAACACCAACCCUUUGGUCAACCUCUCAGACGUUUUAAUUCAGAAAUUGCUUCCAAGUCGCGGAUUUAUUCUAUAAUAUUCUAUAUCAAACGCCUUUUUGAAAUAUAUUAAGAUAUUUUUGUAUGUAAGAGAUUUAUAGAUGUUUUGUACACAUCCUUUUGUAUAUAUUUUGUCUAUAUAUUGCGAAGUUGCUUCUAUACCUCCUGCCUGUGUAGACAUGUAGUCUAUUAUUCUCUGGCUCUUCUGUUCAUGAGGUUUCCAGAAGGAGUUUGACACUCCGACGUUUUAUUCUAGCACCAACGUGUCUUAUUUAAUAGCAAAACCAUGUUAUUGCAUUAUGUCAUGAAGUUCACAAUGAUCAAAACUUAUGCAGCUAUUGUCCAAACAGAGCGCAAUGGCCAUGCAUUGUCUCUUUAUACUGCUAGCUCUAUAUUACAGAUGUUGAAAAAAGAAGCCUUAUAACCAUAUUUUCUACACUAGUCCAAGAAUAAAAUGAUUUGCUACUGAA